AUGGAGCGGAUUGCGCCGCUGAAGUACGCCGAGUCGUGGGACAAGGUUGGAUUGCACCUCGGCGUCGCGGAUCGAGCGAUGGGCGGUCCGGUGCUCCUGACCAUUGACCUGACUGAGGAUGUCCUCGAAGAGGCGCUGAGUAAAAAAGCUGGCGCGAUUGUCGCGUACCACCCUCCGAUCUGGAAUCCGCUUGAGCGUCUCACGGAUGAGAAUCACACGCAGCGGAUUAUCCGAGGAGCUGCGGAAGCGGGGAUCGCGAUCUACUCGCCGCACACAGCGCUGGACGCGACUCCAGGCGGGAUCACGGAUUGGCUCUGCGAAGGUUUGGGCUCUCCACGAGGCGAAGCCGUCGAGGGAGUGAUCGCAGGCGACUGCCGGGCGCUGUCUCCAGCGAGUGGGGGGGAUCCAAGCCGAGAAGUGAAGGUGAUUACCUUUGUCCCCAAGGCGCAGGUUGAUCAUGUCCGCAGCGCGCUUGGAACAGCCGGCGCUGGUGGAUUAGGAAACUACAAGCUCUGUUCAUUCACCACGCCGGGACAAGGCACUUUCAUCCCAGGCGAGGACUCCAAUCCAACGAUCGGGACCAAGGGUUCACUCUCACGCGUCGAUGAGGAUCGUCUAGAAAUGGUGUGCGCUCGGCGCGCGCUGCCGCUCGUGAUUGAAACACUCAAGCACCUGCAUCCCUACGAAGAGCCGGCGUACGACAUUGUGGAGCUCGUUCCUGAACCGCUCCGGCGCGUGGGAUCGGGACGGCGAUUGACGCUCGAUCAGCCGGCAUCUAUGGGAGAUCUGAUUGAUCGUCUCAAGGGACACCUGGGUCGCUCACGCAUGCGCUACGCGCUCGCUGGGGAUGAUCGUCCCUUCCGCACAGUCGGCGUGGUUCCUGGAUCGGGCGCUUCGCUCUUGGAUCUGGCGCGGCGUGAGGGGUGCGAUGUGUUUAUCACCGGCGAGAUGACUCACCACGAGGUCAUGGCAGCACGGCAAGCCGGGGUCUCGAUCCUGCUCGCGGGACACACGAAUACUGAACGCGGAUACCUCCCAAGACUGGAAGCACAGCUUCAGGAGCACUGCCCGAAGAUCGAUCAGUUGGAAGGUUCGUCGAAGUUGAGUUGUCCACGCAGCGUGAAUGGCGCUUUGGGGACGCUGAGUUUGGACUCGAACAUCACCUCGGCGAGCUUGCCUGGCUUGAGGUACUUCGCGGAUCCGUUGAGUCUGUAA